AUGUUUCAAGAAGUUUUCUGCCUUUCGUUCUUCAUAUUUUAUUUAGUCUUAUCCCUCUUAUCAGUUUGUACCGCAUACUCCAACGUCUAUCUUAAAUGCUCUCAGGUCAAUUUCACCUCAAUGACACCAUAUGAGUCGAAUGUCAACUCACUAUUCACUUCCUUAGUUGACUCAGCCUCUAUCUACAACUUCAACAAAUUUGAAACCUCCCCACAAAACGAUGGUGUGUAUGGCCUCUUCCAAUGUAGAGGUGACCUUAGCUCCCCUAAUUGCAAAGAGUGUGUGGCCAGCUCUGUAGGUCAACUCAAGACAACUUGUUCUCUAUCGAUUGGUGGUGAAAUACAGCUAGAAGAAUGUUUUGUGAAGUAUGAUGAUACCUCAUUUUUUGGGGCCCAAGACAAGAUGGAGGUGUGUAGGAAAUGUGGCCCAUCGAUUGGCUAUGAUUCUGAUGUUUUGAAUCGUAUAGAUGGUGCGUUGGCAUAUCUAGUUGGUGGGAACGGACAAUACUUUCGUGGGGGGGAUUUUGGAAGCAUACAAGGUGUGGCACAAUGCGUACAAGAUUUGAGUUUAAGCGAUUGUCAAGAUUGUCUUGCCGAGGCAAGUGGACGGUUGAGAUCAGAGUGUGAGACAUCUACCUGGGGUGAUAUGUACCUAGGAAAAUGUUAUAUUCGAUAUGCUGAUCAGGGUAAUGGUCUUGUAAAUAACGGUAACUCCACUUCUAAUAGCAGCAAUAGCAGGGCGAGCAAGGACGACAUAAUGAAGUGGAUUGGGUAUAUUAUUGCCGCAGUCGUUACCGCCCUCGGUGCCGGAGUGGGUGUAACUUUUGCUUGCAAGAACACCAACAAAAAUAAAAACGCCAACGAAAAUAAAAACUCCAUCGAAAAUAGAAACGACAACAUAAUUAGAAACUACAAUAUCUUCCAAAACGAUGUGAAAAGAGCCAACGAAAACGCAGACAAUGCCAAAGACACUGCGGGAAAAGCCAUGGAUGCUGCGGACAAAGCCGAGAAAAAAGCAAAGGAAGCCGAGAAAAAAGCAGAAGAAGCAGAGAAAAAAGCAAAGAAAGCCGAGGAAAGAAAAGUGCUACAAUAUCCUAAUUAUCCAGAGCAAAUGCCGCCUACCUAUAAUUAUUAUUACUCAGAUCCCAAUUCGAAUGGGUGUUCUGUCAUGUAAAAUUCCAGUGCUUGAUCAAAGUUAGCAAAAAGUCCCCAGCCAUGGGUAAUUAAAGGGAUUCAGAAAAAAGUGCUCGCUUUUUACGAUUCACUCGUCUAUGUUUGGAUAAACAUGUAACUUUACCUUGGUGAAUAGUUCACAUGGUUUGUGCUGUAUUGUUCUCAACAUUUUAUUAUACUGUUUCCACCUUGACCUAUUUCCCCUAUAUUAAUUCACAAAAAAGGUUUUGUGAGGUGAA